GAUUUGAAGACACACACGUCAUGAUAUUUAUUGGUUUUGGUUUCUUAAUGACGUUUUUGAAGAAAUAUUGCUACAGUGCCCUUGGAUUUAAUUGGUUUCUUGCUGCUUUAGUGGUGCAAUGGGCCUUACUUUGCCAGUCGUUUUACCAUAUGGAACGCAACAUCAUCUAUAUUACAAAGAAGAAUUUACUUGAAGCUGAUAUUAUGUCAGCAACUGUACUAAUAACAUUCGGAGCACUUCUGGGAGUCGCCAGUGGGACCCAACUAUUGUUUAUAGCUAUUGUCGAAACUGCAAUUGCCUGUCUAAACAUGUGGCUCGUAUCGAAUGUGUUUAAAGCUGCUGACGUUGGUGGCUCAAUAGCAAUACAUACGUUUGGUGCUUACUUCGGACUUGGAGUAAGCUGGGCAAUGCGACCGAGAAAAGCAACUCCUACAGAUUCAACUCCAUCUGUAGAUCUUAAUGGCCCCAGCUAUCCAUCUGAUGUAACUGCAAUGAUAGGGUCAAUAUUCCUGUGGAUUUACUGGCCGUCAUUUAAUUCGGGCUUAACGAAUUCGAAUGCCGAAUAUCAAAGGGCAGUUAUAAAUACGUAUUUAUCAUUAGCUGCAGCGACCGUUACAACAUUUGUUUUGUCAUCUACCGUUAGCAAGCACGCUGGGAAACUGGAUAUGGUACACAUCCAAAACUCCACUCUAGCUGGUGGUGUAGCUGUUGGAUCUGUGUGUAAUAUGCAUAUAAAUGCUGGCGGUGCAAUAGCUAUUGGUAUUGGUGCUGGAAUUCUUAGUGUACUAGGCUAUAGAUUUUUGACGCCAAAAAUAACAAAUAUAGGCAUCAUAGAUACAUGUGGUGUAAACAAUCUUCACGGUAUGCCAGGAAUUUUGUCAGGACUUCUCUCUAUCUUGUUUGCUGCUCUAGCUACAACUCGUGGAUAUGGAAAGGAGUUGGAGGGGAUAUUUGAAGAAAUGAAACAGGAUGGUACCGGCAGAUCAUCUGGAAAUCAAGCUUUAUAUCAGUUUUUGGCAUUAGCUGUCACUUUGGGGAUUUCUAUUGUUGGUGGUAUUAUUACUGGCAUACUCGCUAAAAUGCCAGUAUUUGCUCCACUUAAGGACAUUGAAAAAUACGACGACGAAGUAAACUGGGAAUUGCCUUAA